AUGAGUUCAAAGGAAUUAGUUAAGACACGCUUCUUUAGCACAGGCCACAGAGUGAAGUUGGAAGGUUCAAUGAACUACGCGAAGGGGAAAUCUUGGGCGCUAUUGUUGUCUAUAUACAAGUGGCAUAGGCGAAGCUAUGGCGACUCGUGGAGUAGACAGCGAGCUCCGCUUGAACAGAAAGCAGCAAGCUGCAAGCACUACUCCAAAAGCAGUGAGCUCCGCAACAAAAGCGAAGCGAGCCGCAGUAGCCUAUUAAGUUUUUCAGCUGCAUCGUACCGUACUAUGGGAGGGGUCCGUGCCUCCUUUAGAUAG